UUUCUACCGUAAAUUUCUUUCAAUCGCUUUCGGCGUUUGUGUCGUUCCGUUGUUAGGGUUUUUGGUAUCCUGUCCCAAAGGUUUUUGAGCUGAUCGCCUUUGCAAAAGAUGAGGCCAAUAUUUGUGGGUAAUUUUGAGUACGAUACUCGCCAGUCGGAUCUGGAGCGGGCCUUCUCCAAGCACGGGAGAAUCGAGCGUGUCGACAUGAAAUCUGGAUUUGCCUUUGUCUACUUUGAGGAUGAGCGUGAUGCUGCAGAUGCCAUUCGUCAUCUAGACAAUAUGCCUUUUGGACAUGACAGGCGCAAACUGUCAGUGGAAUGGGCAAGGGGUGAACGUGGCAGGCAUCGUGAUGGCUCCAAGUCUGUGGCAAACCAGAGGCCAACCAAAACUCUAUUUGUGAUCAAUUUUGAUCCUAUUCGGACUAGAGUCCGAGACAUUGAGAGACACUUUGAGCAAUAUGGUAAAAUCAUGCAUGUCCGAAUUCGAAGGAAUUUUGCUUUUGUGCAGUUUGAAACUCAGGAGGAGGCCACAAAAGCUUUGGAGUGUACACAUAUGAGCAAGAUACUUGACAGAGUGGUCUCAGUUGAGUAUGCUUUGAGAGAUGAUGAUGAGAGAGGAGACAGGCCGGAUAGCCCUAGAAGGGAUUAUGGAAGGCGAGGUGACAGCCCAUAUAGGAGAUCACCGAGUCCAGUGUUCCGUAGAAACCGACCCAGUCCUGAUUAUGGACGCCCACGCAGCCCUGUCUAUGAUCGAUACAAUGGUCCUUCAUAUAAUCGAGUCAGGAGCCCUGAAUACGGAAGGCACCGCAGCAGGUCUCCUGUUCACCACCGGUCAAGAACUUGAUCCCGCACAAGAAUAGAGGAAGAUUGCUACUAUGUCUACUAAUGACGUUGUUUAUGUAAAUGGCUAUAUAGGGGAUAGUACAUUAUGUAUCCAAGAAGAGAAACUUAGAACAAUUUAUGUGUUGUUAGUUGCAUUUUGAUCUUGCCUUUUGCGUAUU